CUCUGCCGCAGCGAUCAGAGCCUGAAGCUGCAUUGCCAGCCCUUGCAACUUGGAGCCGUGAGGCAAUCGCACACAUAUCGCGCUCCAAUGGAUUGUUCUUAACCUAUUUCAAUCCAGAUUGUUUUAGUGGAGUUUGCAUUAGCGGUCGACAUGUCGCGCCGACCCAGUAAAUAUGGGUCGAAAUUCAGGUCUGCUGCGGCUUCAUUCAGGCCGAAGCGCGCCAAAACGGUUGAAUUCUCGGCCCUUCGAAUCAGCGAGGCGACCUCCCAGGAUGAGAAAUUUCAGGCGCUACGGCUGGCCAACAGCAUCGAUGAGUCAAUGGGAUUUCCGCGCUUCGAAUCGGGAAAGAAGAGAAUUGGGUGGCUCUGCAAUAUGCAUAGUACCACGAUUGAGGAUCCAAAGGUGCCUGGUGGGAGAGCAGGUGUAGAGUUUUACUUUUUGGAAGACGACGGCGGCAGUUUCAAGGCCACGGUUGAAUAUGACCCCUAUUUCCUUAUCGCGGCGAAACGGGGCUAUGAAAUGGAGGUGGAGGAGUGGUGCCGAAGGAAGUUCGAAGGUUUGGUGAAGAGUACGAAGCAGCUUGAAAAGGAGGAUUUACAAAUGCCGAAUCACCUGCUUGGAAAUAAGAGAAAGUUCUUGCAGCUGAGCUUUGCAAACGUCAAUGAUCUUCUUGCCGUCCGAAAAGUUAUCCUCCCAAUCGCAGAGAAAAAUAAGAAGAAUGUGAAUGCCAUGGAUACUUAUGCAGAAAUUGCUAGUGCAAGUGCUGGCUUUGACAUGUUCGAUGACGAAAUGGCCGACAAGACGAAAAAUGCAUAUCUCGAAGCAAGCGAAUUUAUUGUGGAUAUUCGAGAAUACGAUGUUCCAUACCAUGUACGCGUAUCGAUUGAUAAGGAUAUUCGAAUUGGGAAAUGGUACACUGUAGAUGCCACUCACGGAGCUGUCUCCUUGACUUGCAUCGAGGAAAGAUUACAGCGAGCGGAUCCCGUUGUCCUUGCUUUUGAUAUUGAGACCACGAAACUUCCACUAAAAUUCCCUGACCCUGUCAUUGACCAAAUAAUGAUGAUAUCUUAUAUGAUCGAUGGUCAAGGAUACCUGAUUACCAAUAGAGAGAUUGUCUCUGAAGAUAUCAGUAAUUUCGAAUAUACCCCAAAACCAGAAUACCAGGGCCCCUUUACGAUAUUUAAUGAGCCGAGCGAGAAAAGUACCAUUGAGCGUUUCUUUCAACAUGUGAAAGAAGCAAAACCAACAGUGAUUGCGACUUACAACGGUGAUUAUUUCGAUUGGUCUUUUGUUGAAGCCCGAGCAAGUGUUCAGGGGAUCGACAUGUAUAGGGAAAUUGGAUUCCGAAAGAACAGCGAAGAUAUUUAUCAGAGUGACUACUGUGUCCACAUGGACUGCUUUGCCUGGGUGAACCGAGACAGUUACUUGCCGCAGGGAAGUAGAGGCUUAAAGGCCGUUACUGUGGCGAAACUUGGUUAUGACCCCGAUGAACUCGAUCCAGAAGUUAUGACGAGAUAUGCGAGUGAGCGGCCCCAGACUCUGGCUGAAUACUCAGUCUCAGAUGCCGUGGCGACCUACUACCUGUACAUGAAGUACAUUCAUCCUUUUAUCUUUUCUCUAUGCACGAUCAUACCUCUCAACCCCGACGAUGUUUUGCGUAAGGGUACUGGUACCCUUUGCGAAAUGCUUCUCAUGGUUCAAGCCUAUAAAAACAAUAUCAUAUUGCCCAACAAACAUAAGGAUCCAAUAGAAGCAUUCUGGGAUGGUCAUCUUCUAGAUUCGGAAACGUAUGUGGGUGGACACGUCGAAAGCAUCGAAGCAGGAGUCUUUCGCAGCGAUAUUCCGGUCAACUUUUCGAUAGAUACGACUGCCAUUGACGAAUUGCUUCGUGAUCUUGAUGCCGCCCUAACCUUCAGCAUUACGGUGGAAGAAAAGAAAUCUCUAGACGACAUAACGAAUUAUGACGACGUAAAAGCGCAAAUAUCUGACAGACUUAUGAACCUGAAAAAUACUCCUAAUAGAUACGAAAGACCGUCUAUUUACCAUUUAGACGUUGCAUCGAUGUAUCCUAAUAUUAUGACCACUAAUCGAUUACAGCCAGACUCGAUGAUCAAAGAAUCUGAUUGUGCAGUUUGCGACUUCAAUCGACCUGGGAAAACCUGCGACAGGCGCCUUCCAUGGGCGUGGAGAGGCGAAUUUCUUCCAGCCAAACGAGACGAGUACAAUAUGAUUCGGCGAGCUGUUGCCAAUGAGAAGUUCCCUGGAAAGACGCGGGACAGUCCUCUGCGGAGCUUUGAUGACCUUAGCGAGUCCGACCAGGCAAAACUUGUCAAGUCUCGACUCCAAGAAUACUGCAAGAAAAUUUACCAUAAGAUCCAUGACAGCAAAACAAUCGAACGUGAGGCAAUUAUUUGUCAGAGGGAGAAUCCAUUCUACGUUGACACCGUCCGCAAUUUCCGUGACCGCCGUUACGAUUUCAAGGGACAACAGAAAGUGUGGAAAGGCAAAGUCGAUAUUUUAAAAGGAUCAGGUGCGACUGCGCCUGAAAUUGAGGAGGCCAAGAAGAUGGUUGUUCUCUUCGAUUCGCUUCAGCUUGCCCACAAAGUUAUCUUGAAUAGUUUCUACGGAUAUGUUAUGCGAAAAGGAUCACGCUGGUAUUCCAUGGAAAUGGCGGGUGUAACCUGUCUUACUGGUGCUCAUAUCAUUCAGAUGGCCAGGGAACUCGUGGAGAGAAUUGGGCGUCCCCUAGAAUUAGAUACCGAUGGUAUAUGGUGUAUGCUUCCGGCUACAUUUCCUGAGAAUUUCGCAUUUACUCUGAAAAACGGCAAGAAAAUCGCGAUUUCAUAUCCUUGCGUCAUGCUCAACCAUCUCGUCCAUGGACGCUUCACAAACCAUCAAUACCAGACUCUCGUCGAUCCUACUACUUUCCGCUAUGAGACACACAGCGAUAACUCCAUCUUCUUUGAGGUUGACGGUCCAUACAAGGCCAUGAUCUUGCCGACUUCCAAAGAAGAAGACAAAAAUCUCAAGAAGAGAUACGCUGUUUUCAACCACGAUGGUUCGCUAGCGGAACUUAAGGGCUUCGAAGUCAAACGAAGGGGAGAGUUGAAACUGAUCAAGAUUUUCCAAACUCAGAUAUUCAAAUUUUUCCUCGAAGGAACCACGCUGCACGAGACUUAUUCUGCAGUGGCUGAAGUUGCGAACCGAUGGCUUGACGUCCUUCAUCUGCAUGGAUCUACAUUAGCGGACGAAGAGUUGAUUGAUUUAAUUUGUGAAAAUCGAAGCAUGACCAAGACUCUUGAAGAAUACGGUAGCCAGAAAUCAACAUCAAUCACUACAGCCAGGAGAUUGGCAGAAUUUCUGGGAGAUCAGAUGGUUAAGGACAAAGGUCUAAAUUGCAAGUAUAUUAUAUCUGCGGCUCCAAAGGGCUCCUCAAUUACCGAACGAGCCGUUCCCGUUGCGAUUUUCUCCGCAGAGCCGAAUGUAAAACGGUUCUUCUUGCGCAAAUGGUUGAAAGAAGACCCUGGCGACAUGGAUCCGCGCAGCAUAAUCGAUUGGGAAUAUUAUCUGGAGCGAUUAGGUUCCGUGAUUCAAAAAUUGAUCACAAUCCCAGCGGCCCUGCAGAAAGUCCGCAAUCCUGUCCCAAGAGUUCCCCACCCAGACUGGCUCCAAAGACGGAUAGAUAUCAAGGAUGAUAAAUUCAAACAGAAGAAGAUGACCGACCUGUUUGAUAAGACUCCCCUUUCUAGUGUGUCGACGAAUAUAAUGGAUCAUCGCCUUCCAACCGCUGGAGAUAUCGAAGAUGCUAUGUCCACUCAGAAGCUCAAGACACAAAUAAGCACGCAGAUGUCGCAAAAGAGGAAAGCACCAGAAUCUUCACAGUCCACAGACCCUUUUGCAAGUUUGCCAGCCAAGAUGCCAUCGAUGAACGAAGACUAUGAAGGCUGGCUGAAGUAUCAGAAACAAAAGUGGAAGAUCCAAAAGCAUGCUCGUCUUCGACGACGGAAGUUAUUCGGUGAACGUACAAACGUUGCUACCGACGCCCUCAGCAACUUUUUCAGAAACCAGGCUGAGCUGACAUAUGUUAGCACGUGGCAGAUUCUGCAGUUCAGAGAGACAGAUAUUCCGGGAGAAAUACGGGCGUUCGUGCUCAUUGAUAGGAAGGUCCACGCCAUUACCGUUAAAGUACCACGGCAGCUUUUUAUCAACUUUAGGGAUGAUCAACUCCCCGAUGUCGACAUAGAAGGAUGCACAGUCCAGAAGGUCAACCAUGCUCUACCGAACGGCCAUCCUUCAGUGCAUUUAUUCCAAUUGACAAUGCCCGAGUUUACGUAUGUGAAAGAUGUAGCAACAAUUUCUGCACUUUUAGACCAUCCUAGCGUCGAAGGUGUCUAUGAGUCCAAGGUUCCCCUGGAUAUCCGGACUGUUCUUAAGCUUGGUACGCUAUGUACUUUCGAUGAGAGCCAGCGUGGAGUGUUGGGAAAGGGGUUGGAACAUGGUUUUGAGUUGUCCACCUUGCUAAAAGCCGCUCCCACCCAAACAUACCUUGCUGACUCCCAGUUCGAAUUCGUGUUCGUUUAUCAUAUUGUAUCAGGGGACCGCCAGAUAUUCUCUGUCUUCUCAACACGAAGGGACGAAGCCCAUAUCGUCAUAUUCUCAAAACAACGAGAUGGACAAGGUUUUCCGAAUGUUGACAAAAUAUAUGCUAACUCUUUACGUCGUCGGAUCGAAGAAGGCAACAAUGAAAACUGGCAGCAGGUUUUCGAAUACCAGCAUGCAUUGCAUUUUAGGACAAUGCAAGUGACGGCCAAACGCAAGGCACACCUUGAGGUCGGCGAUCUUCUUAGAAAAUUUCGAAAUGAGAGCUCGUACCCCACUCUGAUCGUCCUUCAGUCGCUUCAUAAACAACAGUUACUCCACGAGGUCUCUGCUUUUAAGGAUUUUCCAGUUCUGUCUUUGAGAUCCGAUCCAUCAGACAAUGAGUUGCCCCGACUGGGCUGGCAGCCGUUUGUCGCAAAACAAAUCGUCAUGCACUACUUAGCCUUGGAUUCGUGGAUCAGCCAUCUGAUUGAAUUCGCGAGAUAUGGAGACAUUCCGCUUUGCAAUCUCGAACGGGAUGACCCGAAAUUUUUGAUUGAUAUUGCGUACGCCAGACGGUUAGAGCAAAAUAACGUUGUCUUGUGGUGGUCACCCAAUCCGCUCCCUGACCAUGCUGGUUACGAGAAAGAUAACAUCAAUAGCCUCAUACAAAAGGUAGACAUGCCGACGAUCAACAAUCCCGGCGCAUAUUCGUCCGUAUGCAUUGAUCUCGACGUUCGAAACCUCGCCAUAAAUACAAUCCUUACUUCAUCGCUUAUCAAUGACCUUGAAGGAAGCGAAUCGGUUCUGCUUAACCCUUCAGCCCCAACUGGCCAGGAAGUAUCGGACGGCACCGGGGUGCUCUACUCGGACACAGCAUUCUCCUCGGCCGGUAUUGUUGUUCUCCGAGACAUGGUGAAAGCUUGGUGGGCAGAAGCCUGUCAGGGCAAGGUCAUGGCAGAUGUCAUGGUGCAGCACCUGAUCCGAUGGGUUGAGAGUCCAGAUUGUAACCUUUACGAUCGUGCGUUACAUCAAUAUGUGCAGAUGAUGUCCAAAAAAGCAUUACAACAGCUCAUGGGUGAUUUCCGGCGGGUUGGCUCGAGCGUGAUUUUCGCGAGCCCAAAUCGCCUAUUACUGCAAACUACGAAGACGGAGGUCGGGAAUGCAUAUGCAUACAGCCAAUAUAUUCUCAAAUCUAUUAAAUCAAAGCCCCUAUUCAAUUUCUUGGAUCUUGAGAUAAAAGAGUAUUGGGAGUAUUUACUAUGGUACGACGAAUUCAACUAUGGCGGGAAAGCAUGCCACGAAGUCGUCGAAUCAAACAGCCAGGAACUCGAGACGAUUAUGCAUUGGCAGAUGGGUGGAUUUCUUCCAAGUCCUUUGCAGCCAGUGUUCAAUGACUGGGUCGUGGAAUAUAUUGAAAUUAUGCAUGGCUUGAAAAAGUCUAACAAGUCCUUGGAUUCAGAUGAAUCAAGGCCAACGCAGAUUCAGUUCAAGUCAAUGACGGAGACUGAGGGUAUCGACGUCACUAAUGUCCUCUCUGAAUCUUACUCCAAAGCUCUUAAGCGGCAGAUCGUCGGGCUAAUCCGACGACAACGUGAUGAGAUGCUUCAUCCUGAACUGGUAUCGGAUUACGACUUCCCCACCCUCCCCGGGGCAUUCUGGCACGAUACCAAGCGCGAAAGGAACCCGACUUUAGAACUAGUCAAGUAUCUCACGCACGUUCUUAGUUUGUCAAAGCAUACGUCUCUGGAAGUUCGAAUUCUCCGACGCGAGCUCUUAGCACUGUUCGAUAUCAAAGAGUUCAGCGACGCAGGCAAAUUCGAGAACCCAAGCGCCAGCCUCAAACUCCCGCAGCUGAUAUGUAACCACUGCACAAUGUCCAGGGACUUAGACCUCUGCCGUGAUGGGGAUCUCCUCCCCGAAGAAGGUGGUUCUGCUGCAAGUAAAGCAUGGUGCUGUCUCUACUGCGGCACCGAGUACGAUCGCCUCGCUCUCGAAGAGAGAAUGAUAGGCGAAGUACAAGGUAUUGUUGUGGAAUGGCAGACACAGGAUCUGAAGUGCGAGAAGUGCGGUGGCCUGAUGGUCAACCCGCUUAUGGAGCAUUGCUCUUGUGGCGGUCGCUGGACGACGAUGCUUGAUAGAAGGGCGGCAGAGAGGAAAGUGAGGAUAUUUAAAAGCGUGGCUGAGUUUUAUGGAUUGAAGAUGCUUACGAUUGUUACGAAUGGUGUCCUGGAUGGGCUUUGAAGGCGUUUAGUCUGUGUUUCUCCGGUGUUUGUUCCCCAUCUGAGGGGUACUUUUGGCAAGGUAUUCAUAUAUGCUGGCGUUGAUGUUUCAUGGAAAUCCAAUGGUUACUGCCUGUGGUUUCGAAUUCUUUUUUUUUUCUUUUAAACUCCGGAAUGCUGUUAAUGACGUGUACAUAAAUAUGCGUAC